CAACAUCAACAGCGUCUCAGAGGUUCCCCCAUCAAAUGGGUGGGGAUGAACUGCGCAUGUGCGUGACCGAGCUCUUUCAGAAGCGCAGUCGGAUUUAUUCAAGGGAUCCACAUAAAAAAGAAACCAAAAUAAAAGAGUCAUGUCAGGUUUCCUGGACGGAAUCCGGUGCGGGGACUGCGAGUGCAAUGUGGACUGGGGAGAGAGAAGAAACACCAUCGCAUCUAUAGCUUCUGGAGUGCUGUUCUUCACUGGUUGGUGGAUCAUCAUCGAUGCAGCAGUGAAAUAUCCUAAUGCAGGAGAGUUUCAUCAUGCCUAUCACACCUGUGGAGUCAUCGCUACAGUGGCCUUUCUCAUGAUAAAUGCUGUUUCAAAUGGCCAAGUGAGAGGAGACAGCUACAGUGAAGGCUGCAUGGGACAGACAGGCGCACGAGUGUGGCUCUUCAUUGGCUUCAUGCUGGCUUUUGGUUCUCUCAUUGCCUCCAUGUGGAUUCUGUUUGGAGGAUUUGUAGUGCCUCAGAAGCCUGUCGUGUACCCCGGUAUUGCCAUUUUCUUCCAAAAUGCAUUCAUUUUCUUUGGUGGUUUGGUCUUCAAGUUUGGACGUACAGAGGAUCUGUGGCAGUAAUGGACUGUGUCUUUAUGUCCCCUGUUAAUACACUUUGCUUUCUAUAUUGUAUCAGACAAUAUGCUUUAGUGGUUCUUCGCUUUAUAUAUAUAUAUGUAUUAUAUAUAUAUAAAAACUUUUUUAGCAUUCAGAGUAACCUUUAAUUUAUAUCAUUUACUGUAUACCGGCUAAAUCAUAACUAAGUACAGACUUUAAUAGAUUCCUCAAAAGUUUGAAUAUUUUGAAAUGUGGCACAUCUUUAAAUGUGUCUGUUUGCACUCGGACUGUGUCGCUGUGUGGUUAGAAGGGUUUACAACUUGUGUAUAACAAAAUGUGUAUUUUGGGAGAUGUACUUUCCUGAACUGUCCAUGUUUCCUUUGGGUAUACUGACUUCUAUGACAUUCAUUUAAUUUGAACGUUGAACUUGUUUGUUGAGAGGAAUUUAUGUAAGUUAUUAUGGUACAAAGCAACAUUUCAAAAUACUAUACACUAUAUACUGAAUGUAAGCAUAUGGGGCUGCUUGUAUUUCUUUUGAAAACAUUGUCAGCUCUGAAAUUUUGGCAUCAUCCAGAUUUAUUGUUGAAGGUUAAUGAGCUUACACCAAUUGACCUGAAGUCACAACUGUAGGAUGUUGUUUGUAUAUUGGAGAUUUGUAUUUGGCUGCAACACUCACCCAUUUUGCUUGUGUAACAAACCAUGAGGUCAUUUUCUGACAACCAUGGCAGCAUUAAACAUAAACUGAACAGUAAAUGAGUUUUCCAUU